UUUAGUUCUCAGAACCAAGAGGGCCAUUUGAUUUCGUGCGAAUGAGUCGGAGCCGCCGAGAGCAAGCGUCAUCAACGCCGUCGCAACCGCUGUGUCGAUCCACGGGAGGGAUCAAGUUCGACCCCACGGAACCUUCCCGACAGCAGAAGCAGCGGUCCUUGGACCACUGCACCAAGUAUUGGCAGAACAGCUGCUGCAAUGCGACCCACACGAUCCCAUUGAAGCGACGCGUGAUGGAGCCCAUCGUCGCGUUGUUCAACUCAAAAUGCCAAGCGUUACAUGAUGAAAUGACGUGCUCUGCAUGCCAUCCGUUUGUGGGAACAGGGCGCUUGGAACGAAUAUGCCCCGACCUGUGCGACGAUUGGUUCGACGCGUGCAAGGACGAGUACUACACCCCCGAUGGAAGCCAAGCGCUGAGUCCAUGCUACGGGAACGCCCUCAUCUGUUCCCCCCUGCACUCCAUCGUUCCGUCAGGCCGCGAGUUUUGCAAGGCCAUGGGGUACACUCCAGGCAAAUCGACAGACACAGAAGGCGUCACAUGCUUCGACGGAUCCGUCCCUGAUGAAUUGGGAGUCGCAGAACCCGAGGAGCACAUGGCGGACGCGCUAUUCCGCAUGUUCGCCGAGCAGUCGGAGGAACCGACCGAGUUUAUGCUCGUGGUCGUGCUCGUGGCGAUCGUAGGGCUGUUCGUGUCGGUCAAGUUCUUUCGCCGGUGGUCCGACGAGCACAAUGCGCUCAAAAUGGAAGAAACGCGUCGACGUCAACAGGAAGCCUACCGACAAGCGUACCACCUCGGGAAGUCCCCUGACGACGCGACGUCCGACGCGGACUCGUCCGACGAUGACGACGACGACCUGGACUUUGCGCCUGCCGGAGAAGAAGCUGCUGCUGCCUCCACCACCACUGGUCGUCCCUCGACACCGCCGUCGAACUCGUCAUAAGUCGGCAGAUAUUCAUGCAUGUUGAAUGAUGGAAUGAUGGAUUAGUUGUGAUUGACCCUAUUCGUGGCCAAGUUUGCCGCGUUUGAGGGGACAGGGCUGCCGCACGACGGCGUAAGCUCCGCCUGCGUCCACUACGGUCGUUCGAAACGUUUCAUAACAGCGUUCGAAACGAUUUGUU